AGAAAACUAAAGCACAGCGACAAUGAGCGCUUUAAAAGCACCGAUUGAUUACAAAAGUUUAGAGGAGGAGCUUCACGCGGCCCUCGCAGCCGAUGAAUUAUAUAAAUUGCGAAAUGACGCUAAAAUUCGCGCGGUCGAACAAGGAGUGCCGACAUACGAACACUUCAGACAGUUGGUAAUGUGUGUGGAAGGUGCUCAUUUGAAACCGCUGGAGCGUGGCGAUAAAACACCCAGGAUAGGAGUGCAAUGGAAUCCCAUGAUAGGCACUAAAUCUCGCUAUCCAACUUCGCACGCGACGUCGGAAAAGUUAGCAUGUGAUAAAUAUAACAGCGAAGUAGUCGCAAAAAAAUCGUCCGAGACGCGCGACGAUUUUUUACAAUGUUGGGAAAAAAUCGUGGAUACAUCCGAAAGAUUUACGUACAUAUGGAACUUGAGGAAUAUUUUACAAAGUCAUAUUUUUCGAGUGGAAAUACCGGCGUCUUUUUUGAGUGAUUUUAUUGACACGUGUCUGCGAUAUUCGUCAAACGUAAACGACGUAACGCCAAUUACGGAACUUCUCACUAUACUAAGCACGUGCAACAGAUUCGAUCUGACGAUGUGUUUCAUGACCAAAGACGAGUGUUGUCGAUGCGAGCAACUUUUUCAACAUCUGCGAAAAGGAAAAUUACAGGACGAAAGCGCAAUCGAAUCCCUAGCCGCGAAGUAUCGAAUUAAGUAACGCAAUAAUUUUGCUGAUAUUAUAAUUUGCGUGAAAUUACACUACUAAUAAAUAAAUAAAAUAGAUACGAAAUUGAAUAAUAUGUAAAUAAUUUGUAAUUGAAUGUCUAACUGAAUGUGUGUUUGUUCUCAAUCAAACAAUAUCUUAUUAAAUUUGAAUCAAUGACCACUCCUGAAACCAGCCUUUUACGCACAUCUGAGAAAUCGCGAGCGCGCAUUGCGAAUUUCAAAUAAACGCGCCAAAAAGCUCGUUUCGAAUCGAUUCUAGCAGACGGCGCGACCACAUGACAGCUGAGCGAAAGAUGGCAGCGCGCGGCGCGUUGCCGCGUGCAGUUACAACACACGCACACAGAGUCAAGUGUCAUUACGCUUAAUAAUGUUAAUAAACAAAAUACACACAUGA